AUGUCAGAUCUCGAAGUCACCACAAGCAAAGGCCACCUCUAUUUUCUCGACCAGUUUCGCGACAAGGUACCUCUACGCAUUCGCAACCGAUUUAUUGCAAUGAUCUCUGAGUUCGUGGGAACAUUUUUCUUCAUGCUCAUCGGACUAGGCGGCAACUCGGCCGUCAUCAACAACACAGCGGCUGCUGCACAGUUCAAUGGAGGCGAUGCUUCAGCAGAUCCUGCUAAGAUCCUGCUCAUCGCUACGGUCUGGGGCGUGGCUGUCACGGUCAAUGCCUGGACCUUUUUCAGGAUUAGCGGUGGACUUUUUAACCCUGCUGUAACUAUGGCGUUGGUCCUCAUCCGCGCCGUACCACCACUUGAUGGUCUUCUCGACGUCUUUAGCCAGCUCGCAGCAUCUAUCCUAGCAAGCGCUAUCGCUUAUGGACUCCUACCUGAAGGUGCUCUGGCAGCCACUGAGCUAGGAGAGAACACCACAGUCACACAGGGAUUGUUUAUCGAAAUGUUCAUCACCGCCCAGGUAGUCGUGUCCAUUUUCAUGUUGGCGACGGAAAAGCACAAGGCUACAUUCAUCGCGCCCGUGGGUAUCGGUUUGGCAGUGUUUGCGUGCGUUCUCAUGUAA